GAAGUGGUGGGAUUCAUUGCGAACCCAAUACAUGCGUUAUAAGAAACAAGGACCCUCAGGAAGUUCUGGAGCUCAGAAGACUGGCAGGCAGCAAUGGAUCCUGAACCGCCUGCAGUUUCUAGAGCCUCACACAAAAAGGAAGGAGAGCACUUCAAAUCUAAUGAUCACGGAACCUGCGGCUGAUAGUGAUUCCUGUUCACCCUCAGAUGGUACCAACAGUGACACCUGGACUGGCACCCAUGAAGACCCCAGCUUCAGUGAUUCUGACCUACGGUCAAGUACACCCUUGGCUGAAUCCACCAUCUGUGGAACUGAGUCCACAGCCAUGAGAAAGGACCAUUUGCAAAGCUCCAACAUAAAACCAAAGCCUCCAGGGAAGCGCAGGAAGAUGCAAGACGAAUCCUCCAGCGAGGAAUCCACAAACUUGAUGCGCACCAUCGGCAAAACUCUGGAAAAGUUGGCAUCACAGGAAAACACCAAUGAUGCCAUCUCAGCUUACUGCAAAAAUCUUGAACACAGAAUGCGGAAUUUGCCACCACAUCUACUGCCACAUUUCCAGCAUGAGGUUGAUAAUUGCAUUUUCAAAUAUUCAGUGGGCCACAACCAUGCACUGGAUGCAUCUUCCAAUCAGUAUACACACUUGUAAUUU